UUAGUGUGCUAAACUGACGUGGUUCUUCAUAGGCAAGAGAUUAUUUAUAAAUUGUCCAAUAACGUGAGAAGUUUGUCAUUAUUAAUUAAAAGUUUGUGUGGAAAACAUCCAAUAUUAGUUAACAGUUAAUUAGGAAAAAGUAUGAAGUAUUUAUUAGCAAUUACACUAGGAAUAGUGCUGCUAGUUUCCACAGGACUUCUUGUUAGUGGAAAUGAUGAGAAAAAGUCAGGAGAUGAAGUCAAAAUCGACGCAACGUUAAAGGCCGGCACCGGGACUGAUUCAGAGACAUUAGCAAAAGAAGAAGAAGCUAUCAACAUUGAUGGACUUAGCGUUAAAGAACUUAAACAGCUAAGAGAAAAGGCUGAGAAGUUUACGUUCCAAGCUGAAGUAAAUCGCAUGAUGAAGCUCAUUAUUAACUCUCUUUAUAAGAACAAAGAAAUCUUCUUGAGAGAAUUGAUCUCAAAUGCCAGCGAUGCACUCGAUAAAAUCCGCCUUUUGUCACUAACAGACCGAGGCGAAUUGGAAACCAACACCGAUUUGGUGAUAAGAGUAAAAGCUGAUAAGGAAAAUAGAAUUCUUCACAUCUCCGACAGUGGAGUUGGCAUGAGCCAUAAUGAUUUAAUUAAUAAUUUGGGAACGAUUGCAAAAUCUGGAACUGCAGAUUUCUUAUCGAAAAUGCAGGAUGGUGAAGCACAACAAGAUGCAAAUGAUAUGAUUGGACAGUUUGGCGUUGGAUUUUAUUCAGCUUUCUUAGUUGCCGAUAAAGUUACUGUCACGACAAAGCAUAACACUGACAAACAAUACAUUUGGGAGAGCGAUGCUGCCAGCUUUACAAUCGUUGAUGAUCCACGCGGUGACACUUUGAAACGAGGUUCACAAAUCUCAUUACAUUUGAAAGAGGAAGCUCAAGAUUUCUUAGAGGAAGACACAAUUAAGCAACUCAUCAAGAAAUAUUCCCAAUUCAUCAAUUUCCCGAUUUACAUGUGGACAUCAAAGACAGUCGAGGAAGAAAUUCCAGACGAAGAAGAAGUAACUGAAAAGCCAUCAACUGAUGACGAAACUGAAGAUGAUGAAGCGAAAGUUGAAGAAGACACUGAAGCUGAAAAAGAACCAAAAAUGAAGAAAGUGACAAAGACUGUUUAUGAUUGGGAGUUGAUGAAUGAUAGCAAACCAAUUUGGACACGUAAACCCAACGAUGUCACACAGGAUGAAUAUGAUGAGUUCUAUAAGAGUUUAACCAAAGACACUGACGUUCCAUUAACGCAAACACAUUUCAUUGCUGAAGGUGAAGUAACAUUCAAGUCGCUUUUAUUUGUUCCCAAAGUUCAGCCAUCGGAAAGUUUCAAUAAAUAUGGCACGAAAUCGGAUAACAUCAAGUUGUAUGUUCGUCGUGUCUUCAUCACUGAUGAGUUUAAUGACAUGAUGCCAAACUACUUAAACUUUAUUCGUGGUGUUGUUGAUUCUGAUGAUUUGCCAUUGAAUGUUUCGAGAGAAACUCUACAGCAACAUAAAUUGAUUAAAGUUAUUAAGAAGAAGUUGGUUCGUAAAGCUUUAGAUUUGUUGAAGAAGUUGGAUGCUGAAGAAUAUGAAAAGUUCUGGAAGGAAUAUUCGACAAACAUUAAACUUGGAAUUAUGGAAGAUCCAAGCAAUCGCGCUCGUUUAGCAAAACUUUUGAGAUUCCAAUCGUCGAAUGGAAAGGAAGGAAAAUUGACGAGUCUUUCGGAAUACUCAAGCCGAAUGAAGCCUAAACAAGAGUGGAUUUACUACAUUGCUGCAUCUAGCCGUGCUGAAGCUGAGAAGUCGCCAUUCAUUGAACGUCUUGUAGCCCGUGGCUAUGAAGUUUUGUUCCUUGUCGAAGCUGUUGAUGAAUAUUCAAUCUCAGCAUUGCCCGAGUUUGAUGGUAAGAAGUUCCAGAAUGUCGCCAAAGAAGGUUUCACUUUACCCGAAUCCGAAGAAGCAAAAGCAAAGUUUGAAGAAUUGAGAAAUAGAUUUGAGCCAUUAGCUAAAUGGUUCAGUGAAAAUGGACUGAAAGAUCAAAUCACAAAAGCUUUUCCAUCUGAGAAAUUAACAAACACGCCUUGUGCCCUCGUUGCAAGCAUGUUCGGAUGGACUGGAAACAUGGAACGAUUGGCGAUGGCAAAUGCACAUCGAAAGACAAAUGACGUACAACAAACUUAUUAUUUGAAUCAAAAGAAAGCUCUCGAGUUCAACCCGCGUCAUCCUGUUCUUAAAGAAUUGUUACGCAGAGUCGACGCUGAUCCUGAAGAUCCAAAAGCAAAGGAAAUCGCACAAAUUCUUCUCGACACUGCCGUCCUUCGAUCUGGUUACAUGCUUCAAGAAACAUCGAAAUUUGCUGAUUCUAUCGAUCGCAUGAUGCGUUUAACACUCAACGUUGACGAUGAGUUCGAUCCAGAAUUUGAAGAAUUCCCUGAACCAAGUGAGAAGACCGAAGUCAAUGAAAAUGCCGAAGAAGAAGAUGAAGAAGAAAUUCAAGAUUCAGAAGAUGGUGACAUUGAUCAUGAUGAACUUUAAUGAGUUUCUUUCUUUCUCCUUCUCGCAUUUCUUCACUUUCAUCAUCUUUUUAAUUGCAUAAUUAAGAACUGAGUCCUAUAAAGAAAAAUUGCACAUUAAUUAAGAAAGAAAGAGAGAAGGAGAGAAAGUAGUUAAAUAAGAUAAAAAAUUUCUUUGCUUGUCGCAUUAAUUCUAAGUAUCAUUAAAACAAAAUUGAAUUAAAUUUAAUCAGAUUUGUAAAAAAGUUAGAAAAUGCAUUUUCAGACUUUGUCAUCGACAAGAGUGACGUGUCGAUGUCAAAGUUUGAUUUUUCUCCUUUUCUUCGACGUGAAUUUGAUAUCAAUAGUCAGUGGAACAAAGUUUUGUGAAGAAUCAUUCCCAAUAAAUCAUUGAAAAUGUUCAUUUUAAGAACAUUGAAAAUAUGAAAACAUUUUCUUUUCAUUACAUACAAAAAGUUCUUUAUUAUCAUCAGAAAGAUUAAAGUUUUAUAAUAAAAAUAUUUCUAUGUUCAUUUUGAGUACAUCAGU